UCGGUUAAGCAGAACGGUGUCAUGGCGCGGCAACAAUGACCGAGAGUUUGUUUCUCAUCGACGAAUCUAGCACGAAGGCCAAUAUGUGGGGCGGAUUUCGCUGCAACAAGGCUUUCGUGAUACUCGUCCUGCUAAAUGUGAUUGUCUUCCAAAGCAUCGUAUAUUAUCAGGAGCACAAGAAGUGGCAGGAAAUAAGGUCCAAGCUGGAGCCGAUGAUAGCGGAUCUGCGGGACGUGCAGGGAUUGACGUACAGCUUGCUGAAGAGGCUGGAGGCGCACGGCCUCUUCGUCGAGAACGUCCGCGGGCGAAACGGGGAUAGCCGGCCCGUGAUCUAUGCAAUCACGCCUACGUUCGCCAGGCCCGUGCAAAAGGCUGAACUCACCCGGUUGGCACAGACAUUUCUCCAUGUGUCCAACUUUCACUGGAUCGUCGUGGAAGAUGCCCCACAGAAGACCGCCCUGGUCUCCCGAUUUCUGGAGACAAGUGGCCUUAUCUACACCCAUUUGUCUGUAGCAACACCACCGAAUUACAAACUCGGCAGAAAUGACCCAAAUUGGAAGAAGCCACGCGGAGUUGAGCAACGAAACGCGGCGUUAAGAUGGCUUAGGGAGAAUCUCAAGCUGUCUAACAAAGGCGUUGUUUACUUUGCCGACGAUGAUAAUACUUACUCUGUUAAACUCUUCCACGAGAUGGAGAAAAUACAAAGAGUCGGCGUUUGGCCGGUUGGCCUAGUCGGUGGUCUAAUGAUAGAGAAGCCUAUUUGUGACAACGUCACUAAUAAAGUAAUGGGUUUUAACGCGGCAUGGAAACCGGACCGACCGUUUCCGCUCGACAUGGCAGGUUUUGCAAUUAAUCUCGAGCUCUUACUCAAACACACCGACGCGUGGUUUUCGUAUGAUGUGCAAGGUGGUUAUCAGGAGAGCGAGAUACUUAGGCAAAUAGUCACGAAGGAUCAGUUAGAGCCGCUGGCGGACUGCUGCACGAAGGUGUAUGUGUGGCAUACGCGAACAGAACCGCCGCAAUUGAAUGUCGAGCAGAUGUUGAUCAAAAAAGGUAAACGUUCCAAUGCUGGCAUUGAAGUAUAAAGAAAGAAAAUAUUAUCAUUCCAAUGUGCAAUGUGUUGUGCUUUCCUG